AAUUCACUUCAGAAGACCAGAACUACACUUCCCGGCAUGCCCCUGGCGAGAGUGUUUGGUGACGUCAUCUCCUCGCGCCGGACAGAAGUUUAGCACGUUGUUGGUGUGUACUCAGGGAGACUGUAUUAAGAAAGAUGCCGAAAGUCAAGUCCGAGAAGAAGAGUCGUAAGCACCAGGAGAUCAGGAGCCAGGGGGUUAUGUUCAAUACGGGUAUUGGGCAGCACAUCCUGAAGAACCCGCUCAUCGUGAACAGCAUCAUUGAGAAGGCCGCCAUACGACCAACAGAUGUCGUGCUGGAGAUUGGUCCUGGCACAGGGAACAUGACUGUCAAGUUAUUAGAGAAAGCCAAAAAGGUUGUCGCUUGUGAACUUGAUACACGACUUGUGGCGGAGCUCCAGAAGAGAGUCCAGGGCACACCUGCUGCAAGUAAACUUCAAGUCCUGGUUGGAGAUGUGUUAAAGACUGACCUGCCGUUUUUUGACCUGUGUGUGGCCAAUUUACCUUACCAGAUCUCCUCUCCCUUUGUUUUCAAGCUCCUUCUUCACAGACCGUUCUUCAGAUGUGCGGUGCUGAUGUUUCAGAGAGAGUUUGCAAUGCGGCUGGUGGCCAAGGCAGGAGACAAGCUGUACUGCCGCCUGUCCAUUAACACCCAGCUACUGGCUCGUGUAGAUCAUCUCAUGAAGGUUGGGAAGAACAACUUCAGACCCCCUCCAAAAGUGGAAUCCAGCGUUGUUAGAAUAGAACCAAGAAAUCCUCCUCCUCCCAUAAACUUUAAGGAAUGGGACGGAUUGGUACGAAUUGCGUUUGUAAGGAAAAACAAAACACUUUCUGCAGCAUUUAAAUCCAGCGCAGUCCAGGAGCUGUUGGAGAAGAAUUACAGGAUACACUGCUCCCUCCACAACAUUGCAAUACCAGACAAUUUCAGCAUAGCCGAGAAAGUUGAAAAGGUCCUCACAGACAGCGGAUUUAGAGAAAAACGGGCCCGAUCUAUGGACAUAGAUGAUUUUAUCAGAUUACUUCAUGGGUUUAAUGCAGAUGGAAUCCAUUUCUCUUAAAUUAUUUGGCUUAUCCUUUCUAAACUUAUAAUAGGGUAUUCUGUUCUAGUAUCUGUAUGGGCACAGAGCCAGUAAGUGGCUGGACACGGGUGUGUAUGUAAGUGAAAAUGCUCCACUAGUCUGACCUCAGAUGUGUGCCUGAGGCCUCAACUUGUACAUGGAGCUUACACUCUACAGAU